CAAUGAUUAACAUUCACUAAAAAUGAAACAACGUGCAGCAAUUCUACAUACUGGUCAUGUCAACUUCUCUCAGGAAAAGAAUCAAUACUCCAAAGUGCACCCGGAACUGUAUCUGUGCCUGUUCUCUAAAUUGCUAACAAUAAAACUGGCAUUGCUUAUAAAAAUAUCAGUACCGUAUCAAUUUGGCCAGUUUUAUGAAAAAAACAAUCAAUUAUUUGUCUUUCAGAUCUUCUUCUAUGAGGAAAGGAACUUCCAAGGUCGCCAUUAUGAGUGUGGCGCAGACUGUUCUGAUCUGUCCUCAUACUUCAAUCGCUGUAACUCCAUCAGGGUAGAGGGUGGAAACUGGAUCCUCUUUGAGCACCCCAGUUACAAGGGACACCAGUAUUAUCUCUGGCAAGGAGAAUACCCAGACUUUCAGAGAUGGAUGGGUUUCAAUGACUCCAUUAGGUCCUGUCGCUUUCUUGCAAAUUACCAUGGCCAAUACAAAAUGAGAAUCUACGAAAAAGGAGACUACCAAGGGCAGAUGAUGGAGUUCUUUGAUGACUGCCCCAAUACUUAUGAUCGAUUCCGUUUCCAUGACAUUCACUCCUGCAAUGUGUUUGAUGGACACUGGAUGUUCUACGAGGAACCCAACUACAGGGGGCAUCAGUACUACAUGAGACCUGGAGAAUACAGGAGAUACAAUGACUGGGGAGCCUCAAGCCCCAGAAUUGGCUCAUUCAGAAGAGUUUAUCAAAGGUUUUAAUUCAGUUAUAUUACAGUUAUAUUGAUAAUUCAAUA